UAAGUUCAUACGCGCGGUAGGUACUACCCUCUGCUGUCAGGUAUUAAAACGGGGGUGUGAGAGUGAGCUGUUUCUCGACGUCGGCUGAUCAGCUGUGCGAUUUGAGGUAGAUUUUCCCCUUGUGGUGUGGUGUCGUGCACAUUCAGAGUCUUACGCUCGAUCGGCAUAGAUCUGUGAGGUCACGUAACAAGCAUAGAAUUCGAGUCGUGGCAUAAAUACAGCAACGAUAGUACGCGGUGGCGGCGAUAAAUCGGUAGUAUUUUCUUGUGAAGGGGGCCAAGUGAGGCAUGACGGGAACAGGUGACAAUAGAGCUUCGCCAUGUUAGAUUUUACGAGAUCGCGAAACGUGCGCCGCUGCUGCUGCUGGUGCUAGUGGAGAGAGAGAGAAUUUAUUUUGUUUUCUCGACUCUCGUGCUACUUUCCUCAGCGGUGAUCCAACUGAAAAUCAUCCAAGCUGGAUAGGUUACCCGAGUAUCUCCGCGAUACCGUGGACUGGUUUAUGGGAAAAGCCCGACGAAAGGAGAAGGAUGCGGGAACAACAGAGGAUCCGAAAUUGUAUCUCGAGGAGGCGGCUCUUGAAAGGCAACUGCCAGAGCUGGACUUGAGGAUGUUGGUCGAUUUGCCACCUGGUUUGGAUUACAACGAAUGGUUGGCCUCUCAUACUCUUGCACUAUUUGAUCAUAUCAAUCUCGUUUACGGAACGAUAUCCGAGUUCUGUACGAUGACGGGUUGUCCUGAUAUGACCGGUCCUGGCUUAAGAACUUAUCUGUGGUUUGAUGAGAAAGGAAAGAAAACGAGAGUGGCAGCGCCACAAUAUAUAGAUUAUGUUAUGACUUUUACACAACGCACCGUUAGUGAUGAAACUAUAUUUCCUACGAAAUAUGCAAAUGAAUUUCCUAGCUCGUUCGAAUCGAUAGUGCGUAAGAUCCUGCGGCUACUGUACCAUGUGGUGGCACACAUUUACCACUGCCACUUCAGAGAGGUAGCACUCUUGGGGUUGCAUGCUCACCUUAAUUGUGUAUUUGCCCACCUCACGCUCCUUAAUCAACGCUUCAACCUUAUCGAUCCCAAGGAAACGGAGAUCUUAGGAGAUUUAGAGGCUGCCCUCUUGGGUGACUCAACAUCUUCAUCAGCGCCUUCUUCACAAACCUUAGCCAUUCAGGAGACUCCGACCACAGCCACCUAGAUCGCGAUGCACAGCAAGCAAAAGGUUGCAGUUCCUGAGACUAGGUGACGAUAGGCGUUUUGUUUUUUCCUUUUUUCCUCUCUAUCCUUUUUCUUUUCUUUUUUUCUCUCUUUCUUUCGUUCUCUCUCUCUUUCUCUUUCUCUCUCUCUUUCUUUCUUUUUCUUUCUUUUUCUCUCUAUUUUUCUUCUCUUUUUUCUUUCUCUUUUCUGUUUUGUUUUUUAAAUAGAAUAUGCGAACGACAAGAGUUUAAGCAUUAACGACUACAUACGCAGGUGGAGCGAAAGCGCAAUUCUGUAAAAACUAGUAGUACCUGUACAUAGCGAAGUGUGAACAACUACAUGAUGUAAUUAGGUUCCUCCGUUUGUUGUUUGUGAGAUUGUACAUAAUUUAUUAAACAGUAAGAUAUACGAAAGAGAUGAAGGAUGAUUAUUGAUUAUUAUUGACGAAGUUAGUUGCUAUAAGAGGAUAAUUUGUUCUGUAAAAACAAAAAGAAAAAAGAAAAAAAAAAAAAA